AUGAACAGGUCCAAUCGUGUCAUUGAUAACAUUCCGUACAAUACACCAUAUGGAGAUAUUUAUAAAUUGUGUGCUACUUAUGGUGUUAUAAAAGCCUUGUGCGUUAAAUUUGACCGCAACAAAAUUCGUCCAGGACGUGGUUUUUGCGAAUUUCAAGCUAAACAGGAGGCGGAAAAUGCUAUUUCCGGUAUCAAUGGAAUUGAAAUGAAAGGACAUACACUUUGUGCUGGCUGGGAUAAAUAUCAGAAAUAAACUCAUUAAUUCCACUAUUCUUUUAUAAAUAUUAGUGUUUUUAGUAAUAAAAAGGAAGGAAAGUAAUA